AUUAACGCAUUCAUCGUCAGUUCCUGUGCGGUUUCGCUCACCAAAUCCUCUCACAUUUAACACAAUCAGAUAACAGCACUGGUUUUUCGUUCAACAGCAUUUGUGGUUUACGCUUUCCUGUUGACUCGUGUGUACUUUUCCAAUCUAUUCAGUUCCGUGUAGUUCUAAUCGCGAUUCAGUACGUGUUAGUUGUGAAUAAUUUCUAAUCAGAGCGAUUUUCCAAAGCAACACGAUGUUUUGUGUUCGAAAUAUUGUAUUCUCGUGGUUUUGCCUCCAAGUGAUGCUGAGUUUGAUGUCCGCACAGACUAAUACUGCUGCGGCUACUGUUUGUGCGCCACUUUCGAGAUUCAAGAUCGACUGCAAUACCUGUUAUUGUAGUGUUGAUGGAAGGAGAUAUACUUGCACGAAAAGAUUUUGCACUUCCGAUGUUUCAUUAAACUACAACGAUUUUAUGAGCGAUGAGCCCCAAUCUGACGAAAGAAUUUAUUUCGAUGAGGCAUCCGAUGAUUGGGUUAAAUUUCUGGACGAUUUAGCAGUAAAUAAUGACGAACCGGCGAAGAAGUCAUGGCCAGAAGAAGAGAAUGAAUUUGAAGGGAACAGUAUUGAUUAUGGAGAUUAUUUAAAAGGCGACACUGAAUACAUUGGUUCACGCAGAGCCGGAUAUCGUUACUGAUACGGUAAUUAACUGCAGAUAAGCAAUACUUCCCAUAUUGCUGAUAUUGCCAUAAUAUGUAAUGAAUUUUAUAUUUUUCUACUAAAUUAUUUUGUAUGCGUUAUUUCUACUUAUGUAUUGGAAAGAAUAUGAAAUAAAUUGAAGGAUUAAAAAUGCA